CCCUAAACCCUAGCAAAUUACCUGAACAAAACACAAAACACACACAAAUCCUGCAAUCUCUCUUCUCCAAUCUCCAAUGGCGCCAGCAACUAAGAAAAAACCUUCAAAGCCAGUCAAACCUCAGAAAGCCCCCAAAAAAGUUCAAAUUGUUCCAAUCAAAGACGAUUCCACUUCUGAAUCCGAAGAAGAAGAAGCACCACCUCUACAACAUCUCGAACUCGAUGGUUCUGAUUCCGACUUAUCUUCUGAUGGUGAUGAUCAACUAGCUGAUGAUUUUCUCCAAGGAAGCGAUGACGAAGACAACGACAACGACAACGACGAUGAAGGUUCGGAUUUGGAAUCUGGGUCGGGUUCAGAUGAGGAUGAGGAUUCGGAUUCGGAAUCGGGUGAGGAAGAUAUUGCUAGGAAGUCUAAACUUAUUGAUAGAAAAAGGGAGAGAGAUAGCCAGGCAGCUGCAGAUGAAUUGCAGACAAAUAUUCAAACUAAUAUUCAAGAUGAGUCUGAUGAGUUUACAUUACCAACUAAACAGGAACUUGAGGAAGAGGCUCUGCGUCCCCCAGAUCUUUCCAAUCUGCAGAGGAGGAUUAAAGAGAUUGUCCGUGUUCUUUCCAAUUUUAAGGCGUUGAGACAAGAUGGGGCGACGAGGAAGGAUUAUGUUGAUCAGCUUAAGACUGAUAUACGUUCAUACUAUGGCUACAAUGAGUUUCUAAUCGGUGCUUUAGUGGAGAUGUUUCCAGUUGUUGAACUGAUGGAACUGAUUGAAGCCUUUGAAAAGCCUCGCCCUAUAUGUCUGAGGACGAACACUUUAAAGACACGAAGACGGGAUUUGGCAGAUGUCUUGAUAAACAGAGGAGUAAAUCUGGAUCCUCUCAGCAAAUGGUCAAAAGUUGGACUUGUUGUGUAUGAUUCUCAAGUACCUAUUGGUGCCACUCCAGAGUACAUGGCUGGUUUUUACAUGCUUCAAAGUGCUAGUUCUUUUCUGCCUGUGAUGGCCUUGGCUCCUCAAGAAAAGGAGCGGAUUGUUGAUAUGGCGGCUGCACCUGGUGGUAAAACAACUUACAUAGCUGCUCUAAUGAAGAACUCAGGAAUAAUUUUUGCAAAUGAAAUGAAGGUGCCACGACUAAAAUCUCUGACUGCAAAUCUGCAUAGGAUGGGUGUAUCGAACACUGUAGUCUCCAACUAUGAUGGGAAAGAGCUUCCAAAGGUUUUGGGUUUCAAUUCGGUUGAUAGGGUAUUAUUGGAUGCCCCUUGCAGUGGAACCGGGGUUAUAUCCAAAGAUGAGUCAGUCAAAACUUCAAAGAACUUGGAAGAUAUAAAGAAAUGUGCUCAUCUACAGAAGGAGCUCCUUCUUGCUGCAAUUGACAUGGUUGAUUCUUAUUCAAAAUCUGGGGGAUACGUUGUAUAUUCUACAUGCUCAAUCAUGGUUGCUGAGAAUGAAGCAGUUAUUGAUUAUGUGCUCAAAAGGAGGGAUGUAAAGCUGGUUCCUUGUGGACUUGACUUUGGACGUCCAGGGUUUACAAAGUUUAGGGAACAGCGUUUUCACCCUUCAUUAGAUAAGACAAGACGUUUCUAUCCACACGUACACAAUAUGGAUGGGUUUUUUGUUGCAAAGUUGAAAAAAAUGAGCCACCCAAAACCUGCUAGAACAUCAGAAACAUUUGAGAAGGAUGAAAAAGAAACCGAGCUUGUUAUCGACGACGAUAAACCUAGUAAUGGCGUUGAAGAAAAUGGCAAACAUUCUUUUGAACUUGAAUCCAAGAAGAGGAAGAAAGAUAAAUUCCCAUCAAAACCAAGUAAUGAUGUAAAAGCCAAUGUCAAAGAAGCUUCUGAACCUGAAUCCAAGAAGAGGAAGAAAGAUAAAUUCCCCUCAAAACCAAGUAAUGAUGUAAAAGCUAAUGUCACAGAAACUUCUGAACCUAAACCCAAGAGGGUGAAAAGGAAACCUCCAUCUAGAGAGGAGAUUUCAAAAGCCAGAGAGGAGAAGAGACUUGCUUUAAUAGAAAAGAAGAGAAAAAGUGGUAAGCAACAGAGAGGAAAAAAUGAUGAAUGACCAGUGGCAGUACAAGUAGUAUUGAUGACCAACUGUGCAAUUAUAGCGCAGAAUUGACGCAAAACUCCAUCAAUAUGGGAGUACUGAGGUGUUGCAUGUCGAAAGAAUGUACCCUGGAGUCAGUGGCAUGACCUGAUCGAAGGUCCCAAUUUUGUUUUGUUCUGUUUAAGUUAUUUAGCCAUGGCAUUUUUAAACAUAGAUCUGUUUAUUAAGCUGUAAAAUCAGAAUGGAGAAAAGCUACUUUUAGGCAUGAUUAAUUUGAAUUUAUUUUCUAAUUCUUGUCUUCAUGUCUAUUGCCCCUCUUUAUUUGUUAUCCUUUGUAAGAAUUAUUACACUUGCGUUUAAUGAUAUUAUAAAAUUUAUGA